ACAAGCGGAGGAGGUGUUCCUGGCGGCCAUCUUUGAUGCGAGAAGUGAUUGUUUGGCGAAUAGAAAUAAUAGGAAAUAAAAAUAUAGCGUGAAAAGUUGUGGAAUUGUGGCGGAACUGAAGGGGAUAUUAAGAGGGAAAGUAAAACUCAGGAAAAUCAGAUGAAGGCAUGAAGAAAACAUCUUAGUCAGGAAGUCAUGGCUGAUAAAAGAAAACUUCAAGGCGAAAUAGACAGAUGUUUGAAAAAAGUUGCAGAAGGGGUAGAGCAGUUUGAGGACAUUUGGAAAAAGCUCCACAAUGCAGCCAACGCAAACCAAAAAGAAAAAUAUGAGUCUGACCUCAAAAAAGAGAUUAAAAAAUUACAGCGCCUUCGUGACCAGAUUAAGACAUGGGUCGCCUCCAAUGAGAUCAAAGACAAAAGACAGCUAGUAGAGAAUCGCAAACUCAUUGAGACGCAAAUGGAGCGGUUUAAAAUUGUGGAACGGGAAACCAAAACGAAAGCAUACUCUAAAGAGGGACUCGGCCUUGCUCUGAAAGUCGAUCCUGCGCAGAAAGAGAAAGAAGAGAUCGGGCAGUGGCUAACGAACACGAUAGACACGUUGAACAUGCAAGUGGACCAGUUUGAGAGUGAGGUUGAAUCGCUUUCUGUCCUGACCAAGAAAAAGAAAGGAGACAAAGAGAAGCAGGAUCGGAUCGAGGAACUGAAACGAUUGAUCGAGAGGCACCGGUAUCACAUCCUCAUGCUGGAAACCAUCCUUCGAAUGCUGGACAAUGACUCGAUAGAUGUGGAUUCCAUCCGCAAGAUUAAAGAUGACGUUGAGUACUACCUUGAUUCCUCUCAGGAUCCAGACUUUGAGGAGAAUGAGUUCAUCUAUGAUGACCUUGAUUUAGAGGAACUUCCCCAGCCACUAGGUACCACAUCUCCAGCUGGUAACGCAGAGGACGAGAUCUUCCAGCACUCCAGUUCCACACCAACCUCCACAACGUCAUCUUCUCCCAUACCUCCCUCUCCGGCUACUUGCACUACGAAUUCGGAAGAUGAUAAGAAAAGAGGUCGCUCGACAGACAGUGAUAUUAGUCAGUCACCUAUCAAGAACGGAAAUCCAUCUUCAUCUCUAUCCUCCUCUUCCUCACUGUCAUCCUCAUCCUCGGGAGCCUCUUCAAGCUCCUUGAUGUCAUUGGCGAAUGUCAGCGGAAGCUUGGCAUUAGGGGGCAGCAGCCUCUUAGGCAACAUGGGCGGCCCCCUUCAGAACUCUGGCAGCUAUAGUUCAGCAAUGCAGCAAUCCCAACAACAGCAGCACCAGCCCAAAAACUCAGUCUCCUCCCACUCAGGCACCAACUCUGCCUCCUCCAACAACAGUAUCCUACUCCCAACAUCCAUGUCCACGUCGCCACCCAACACCUGCACACAGGGUCCCCUGACUCCCAGCUCACAGAGCCAGCCUCCUUUGGGGACAGGUCUUUCCUCCAGUCUGGGCCUCGGGAAGGGCAUGUCGGUGACGAGUAGCGCGACCCAGUUGCCCGUUCUAGUCCUUUCAGGGAUGCCGGCGUCCUUGAGCAGCAUGGCUGGGAUUUUGAGCGGAUCCACCCCAGCACCAUACGCGCAAGCGGCCGCCGCAAGUUGCAUAGGCAGCGGGCUGUCAGCAUCGAUUGGAACGAAUAUUAGCAGUACAAACUCCAGUGGAGUCGUAACCUCAGUGGGGACUAAUGGAAGUCUUGGCUCCACAAGCCUCUUGGGCUCAGGGCCUGGAGUUUUGGGUCUUGGGUCCACACAGUCUGCUGUGGAGCCUUUACCUCUGCUAGCUCCCAGCCCUGUGGGAGGCGCACUGAUCUCAGGGAGCAACGUGGGAGUUAUCGGUGGCAGCGUGGGAGUUAUCGGUGGCAACGCGGGAGUUAUCGGUGGCAGCGUGGGAGUUAUCGGUGGCAAUGUGGGAGUUAUUGGUGGCAACGUGGGAGUUAUCGGUGGCAAUGUAGGGUCAUCUGGGACAGGAAAUGCAGCGGGAAGUGCGGCGCUACCACGGCCACCCAGUGGGCCGAAACAAAAUGGGGGUACAAGUUAUAGUGCUGUGGUAGCAGAUAGCACGUCAGACUCUGCCCUCAACAGUGCCAGCCAAUCACAGACCAGCCAAUCCUCAUCCUUAAAUUCCUCAACAAAUCAGCCUAAGGACAGUGGGUCCAGCCUUCUGGGGUCGAUGACACUGCCGCCCAGCUCGCCCUCACCAUCGUACAGCGAGAGUAAACCAAGCGGUGGCAGCCUGCUGAAUGGCCCUCUCUCAUACACACAGGCUGCCGACACCAUCAAGCCUCAGGAGCCUCUGAGUUCUCAAAAGUCGAUGGUAGAGAGGGUUGCCCAGAGCUCAGGGUUAGAAGGAGAGCUGUCUGCGCUGCAUAUCUCUAGUGCUUCUCAAUCUGUUCUUUCGGAGGUGAGCAUCGCCCCUUCAUUGGGCGUGUGUCCACUGGGUCCUGUCCCCCUCUCCAAAGAGCAACUCUACCAGCAAGCCAUGCAGGAGUCCGCCUGGACGCACAUGCCUCACCCGUCCGACUCUGAGAGGAUCAGGCAGUACCUGAUGAGGAACCCCUGCCCUACACUGCCUUUUCACCACCAGAUGCCACCUACCCACUCUGACACUGUGGAGUUCUACCAGAGACUGUCUACAGAGACCCUCUUCUUCAUCUUUUACUACUUAGAGGGUACAAAAGCGCAGUAUCUAGCAGCCAAGGCCUUGAAAAAACAGUCAUGGCGGUUCCAUACAAAGUACAUGAUGUGGUUCCAGAGGCACGAGGAGCCCAAGACUAUCACUGAUGAGUUUGAGCAAGGAACAUAUAUCUACUUUGACUACGAGAAAUGGGGCCAGAGGAAAAAGGAAGGAUUUACAUUUGAGUACAGGUACCUUGAGGACCGGGACCUUCAGUGACGGAUGGUCAACUAGAACGGAGGACUACUGUCGACAUUCCGAAUUGAAUCAACACACACAUGUACACUCUCUUUCAUUCACUGGGGAGGAGACCCAGAUGCACAUGCGAGGCUGUUUUAUGUCUCGCUGGUGCAUAAUGCAUCUGAAGCCCCUCCCAAGCCCCGAGUUCUUUGUGACUCCGCCCUCUCAUUCAAUCAGACUUAACGCUGGUAAAUCCCCCCGUUCUGAGAACUUUAUGGAGCAUUUUUGCGCCAAAAAAGAAGUUGAAUGAACAUUCACCCUAUCAGCAAGAUGACAAUAAACUUAAAUCAUUGUGGAUGAAUUAUUUAGCCAUGGCUAAUUUCGUAAAACACUGACGUUCUACUAUAUUGAUAACCUAAAUCCAAACUAAUCCAAGUCCUCUGAGCUACAGCUGUUGUUCAGCAAAUGAUUAGUUUAAAGUAAACAUCAGCAAUUAAAUUCUUAUGCACAACCAUUUCAAUCUUGCAUAUAUCUGUCCACCCAAGCCAUAACAGCUGCUGUUUUCUCUUAGGAAGCUUGAUUUUGGGGUAGUUACACCCCUGUCUUGUAAGCUCUGAUUAAAGCACAGCUAUUAAUAAGCUUGCAAGUGUGUGUCCCAAACUCUAAUAUUGAUAUUCAUAAUCGUUCUAUCACUGUGGAACCAAAUAAUGAGUCUCUUGCCAGCUCAAGCACACUAUUUUUGUUUGUAGACAACAAACAGGAGGCCAAGUACACGCCACUCAGAUCAGGUUUGUGACUCUCAUAAA